AUGUCAGCCAGGAUGCCACAAGGCGGUCGUCAAGGCGGCUCGCGCUUCGCCCAGUUCAAAUUGGUCCUUCUGGGAGAGUCCGCUGUAGGAAAGAGUUCACUCGUACUCAGAUUCGUCAAAGACCAGUUCGACGACUAUCGAGAGUCAACAAUCGGUGCCGCCUUCCUGACACAGACCAUCGCCCUCGACGAGUCCACGACUGUCAAGUUCGAGAUAUGGGACACCGCUGGCCAAGAGCGCUACAAGUCCCUGGCACCCAUGUACUACCGCAACGCCAACUGCGCCGUUGUAGUGUAUGAUAUCACGCAAGCCGCAUCUCUAGACAAAGCGAAAGCAUGGGUAAAAGAACUACAACGCCAAGCCAACGAGAACAUCAUCAUCGCGCUCGCAGGCAACAAGCUUGAUCUCGUCACAGACAGCCCCGACAAGCGUGCGAUACCAGCCGCGGACGCCGAGCAGUAUGCCAGGGAGGCCGGGCUGCUUUUCUUUGAGACCUCCGCAAAGACGGCGGAGAACGUGCGGGAAUUGUUCACGGCUAUCGCGAGGAAGCUGCCGCUUGAUCAGGCAGGACCGAGGAACAUUAGGUCGGGCGUCCAGCGCUCUGGUGUGGAUUUGAGGCCGGAAGCGUCGAAUACGCAAGGGGCUGGGGGAUGCAACUGCUAG